AUGACGAUGCAGGGACCGGAGUUCCGCAAGAUACCGAUAAUUCCCAGCAAGGACGAGCUCCUCAGCGUCAUCCCAACCGCAGUUCCGGUCAACAAAGUUGGGCUUCGUUACACCUCAGUUCUGGAGUACUUAGAGACGCACUUCCGGCUGCUGCGAGAGGACUUCAUCAAUCCACUCAGGCAAGGGAUAAAGCAGUACAUAAACAGGCAGGGAGGAUACUUUGCGGAGGUGAGGAUAUAUAGCAAUGUGGAGCUGAAAGGAGUACGUUUCACACUAAACGGGAUAGAAAACAAGGUGUCGUUCGUUGCAGAGAAAGUCAGGAACAAAACGAGGGAGAUAAACUGGGAGCAGAGCAAACGGUUGAUGUUUGGCUCCUUGCUGUGCAUGUCAAGGGAUAACUUUCAGACCAUUACCUGGGCAACGGUGGCAGGAAGGAAAGAGUUGGCUCAGAAUAUGGUGGACCUUCGUCUUUUAGAUGGAAGUGAUCUCGACGCAUCAUCCAAAUACGUCAUGGUCGAGUCUGCAGCAGCAUACUUCGAAGCUUAUUCUCAUGUUUUGAAAAGCUUGCAACGAGAGGACAUGGAAAACAUACCUUUCAAGUCGCAUUUGAUAUCGUUAGAGAAGCAUGUGAAGGAGCCAGCGUACUUGUCACAGAGAGCAGAGGGCGAUAGAUACGACUUCAGCUCUGCUUUCCCUGGAGGCACGAAAGAAUUCGGUCAGUUCAAGUUUCAUAUACUGCAAGAUUGGCCUGAGUGGAACUCAACCCUGGACUCGAGCCAGGUCGCAGCAUUGAAGCACGCUUUGACGAAAAACCUCGCACUGAUUCAAGGACCACCCGGCACUGGAAAGACGUUCGUCGGGAUGCUUAUCGUGAAGUUGCUGCUUGCAAAUCUAAAGAGGGAGGCUACAAAGACAGGACACUUUAGCACUGCAGAAGAUGUUCCCGACCUCUUUGGACCUGUUUUGAUUGUCUGCUAUACGAACCAUGCACUGGACCAGUUCCUGGAAGGAGUUUUUCGUUCUGAGAAAAAUGUGAUCAGGAUAGGAGGUCGAAGCAAAAACAAGCAGCUAGAUGGCCGCAACCUGCAGACUCUUGUACAGCUGGCAAGGGAGAACCGGGAUGUGCAGGGAGCUUACGUGAGAAAGGCAGUGGCUGCUAGAGACGACCGGAGGCGACUAGAGGCAGAAAUACGCCGGUGUGUGGAUGAGCUGAAUCUUCCCUAUGUGUCAGAAACUCUUCUUCACGGUGUAGCGACAGAAGAUCAGAUAACAAAUUUAUUCUACCUGGGACGCACGAGCGCAUUAGCAGGAAAGAAGGUGGUAGAAGCCUGGCUGGAAGCUGAAAAUCUCAGAUACGUUGAUGUUCCAGCUCGAAGAGUUGAGCAAGUAGCUAACAGGUAUGUCGUUCUGGAUGAUGAAGUCGAAGCAGCGGACCUGCAUGACCAAACGGUAAAUGUUCCCCGCGAAGAAGGGAGACGUACCCAAGGCUUGGCUGCUCCAGGGGGCGGUGGUUGGGUACACGUCCAGACUCGGCGUCGGAGUCGUCCGGUUGAAGCAGUUGAGCAGCAGCAGGAUCCAGUUGUGAACAAUGCACACCGUGACGAGGUUCCACUUGAGCUCCUGGUAGAUUAUCCUGACGUUUGGAGCCUUCCUCUGAGGGAACGAAAGAGGCUGCACGAGUAUUGGCUUGAUGAGAUACAUGCCAACGCUCAGAAAGAACUUACCAGGUUCAAACAGGAGUAUGAGGCCGCUUGCAUUGAGUGCAAGGCAGCAGAUAGUGAGGUCCAGUUGAGUUUGCUGAGGAGGGCGAAAGUCAUCGGAAUGACCACGACCGCCGCUGCUCGUUUGCAUGACAUUCUCGUAGCGCUCAAACCUGAGAUUGUGGUCGUGGAAGAAGCAGCAGAGGUACUGGAGAGCCACAUCCUUGCUUGCAUAAGCCCGUAUACCAAACAUCUGAUCCUCAUCGGCGACCACUUGCAGCUGCGGCCAUCGGUCGCCACCUUCAGGCUGGCUCAGAGGCAUAAGUUGGACGUUUCCAUGUUUGAGAGGCUGGUACAGAGCGGAGUCGAGCACACCAUACUGAAGACGCAGAGGAGGAUGAAGCCUUGCAUUGCGAAGCUGAUCUCGUCCAUCUAUCCACAGCUGAGGAACCACCCUUCUGUACUCGAGUAUGAGGACGUGAAGGGAGUCAAGUCGAGUUUGUUCUUCCUCGAUCACAAUGCACCUGAAGAAGCCGGUCACGAAGCUGGAAGUAAAGUCAACCUUGCGGAGGCCAAGCUUGUUGUGGAGCUCUGCAGCUAUCUCCUCAAACAAGAAGCAUACGCCCCAGGAGAUAUAACGAUACUGACCAUGUACAAGGGACAGGUCCAGGAGAUAAGCAGAAGGCUGAAAGACCGCUUUCAGUGUCGCCGGGUAACGGGAAGACCGCUUGGACCUGAAGCCGAAAACUCAGAAGCCACGGAUAGUUGGAUGCCGAGAGUGUCCAGUGUGGAUGAUUUUCAGGGAGAAGAAAACGAUAUCAUUCUGUUGUCGCUGGUCCGGAGCAACCUGGUACCUGGUAAGGAAGACGAAGGCACCAUUGGUUUCCUCAAAACUGGCAACCGCGUCUGCGUGGCGCUCUCCAGAGCUCGCAAGGGACUGUAUAUCUUUGGGAAUGCACAGCUGCUGGCGCUCAAAAGUCCUCUCUGGAAAGGCAUACUUCACGGUCUCCACCAAGACGGACUUAUGGGCUCCAAGCUCGUCCUCUGCUGCCAGAACCAUCCAGGUGUGGAAACGAGCGUGCAGCAUCCCGAGGAUUUUCUCCAGGUUGGCGAUGGUGGCUGCAGCAGACCCUGUGAAUAUCAGCUGGAGUGUGGCCAUGCCUGCCCGAGAAGGUGUCACCCGGAAUCUCACGACACUUUUAUAUGUCCGAAGAUGUGCCUCAAGCCAUAUGACGGAUGCACCCAUCGUUGCGUGAAGUCUUGCCACGGGAGGGAAGACCCGGCCUGUCCGCCAUGCAAAGAACCGGUGCUGAAGACGCUUCCAACCUGCGGACACGAACAAUCAGUGCCGUGUUCGACUGAUCCUGCGAAACUUACUUGUCGGAGUCCAUGCAAGAAGUUACUCUCAUGCGGCCAUGCCUGUCCGGAGCCUUGCGGAUUGCCGUGUGCAAAGUCGUGCAGGCAAGUUGUCCACAAAGAACUGCCCUGCGGCCAUGCGACGAAGAUGAUGUGUCCUCAAGAUCCACGGACGUUUUCCUGCCUUAAGCCGUGCAGAGAUAUCCUUCCAGACUGCGAACACAGAUGUGAAGGAACAUGUGGUAAAUGCAAGCAAGGAACGGAACACAUACCAUGCCAGCGGCCGUGCAAAAGAGAUCUCUUUUGCGGACACCAAUGCAAAGCGAGGUGCUCCGCUUCAUGUCCACCUUGCUCGGAGCCUUGCCAGAAACGCUGCUUGCACAGCAGAUGCGCCGCCAUCUGUGGAGCACCAUGCAAGCAGUGCCUCGAGCCUUGUUCCUGGAACUGCCGGCACUUCAGUUGCACGCUUCUCUGCUGCGAGAUCUGCCAGAGACCACGCUGUGACAGACCAUGCACGAAGCGGCUCGUCUGUGGUCAUCCCUGCAUCGGCCUGUGUGGAGAGCCUUGCCCAAGUGCCUGCCGCGUUUGCCAACCUGGUACUUUCGAUGCAAUCACACAGCUGACGUUGGAGGAAUGCGAGAGUUCCGACAGAUUCGUGGAGCUUCUGGACUGCGGCCACAUCUUCGAAGUAACUGGACUGGAUCAAUGGAUGGAUAUGGAUGACAGUGCGGAAACUUCUUCCAAAGCAAUCGUCCUUAAGUUCUGCCCCGCAUGCAAGACGCCUGUUCGGAAGUCUUUCCGCUAUGCGAACGUAGUGAAGAAAAAACUGCAUCAGAUAGAGCUCGUCAAGAUGAAAGUUUAUGGACAUGAGCAGACAAGAGCAGGAAUGGCCAUGCUAAGCAGGAAAGAAUACAGGCAGGCAUUCCAAAUUUUUGCGGAAGUCAUCAAAAACCAGCCCGGGAACUUCGAAGCACACCUUGGAAUGGCUCAAGCUCUAUGCGGCUUGAAAGAAUUCGGGUACGCAGUUACUCACCUCCGAUUUAUAGCCAAGAGAAGCAGCCUUGCCGCAGAUAUCCGAAGUUUGCCAGUGCCACGACUCAAGAGGCCAUACACUCCGGUCCCCAGCAGCUUAGACUUGAGCUUUGUCGCAGCUCCAAGCCGGUCUCUCACGAUCCAAGCGCUCAUCCAGUGGGGAUCGGCACUGACAAGCCUGACAGAAUUCUCCGACGCUGUGAGACUCUGUGAGAUCGUUCUCAAGCACGACAGCACCAACGGUAGCGCCAAACGCUUGAAAGAAAUGGCGGAGAAACGACUAACUCACCAGGUAGUGGAAGCCGUGAGCGCCGAGUUCUCAGCCAGAGGGCACUGGUACCAGUGUCCAAACGGUCAUGUCUAUGUUGUGGGAGAAUGCGGCGGCCCAAUGCAGACAUCGCAGUGCCCUGACUGUGGAUCGAUCAUCGGCGGCGAGCAUCAUCAAUCAGCUGCUGGGAACACGCACUCGACGAUCGAUGGGAGCGACCACGCGCUCUACAGCGAUCAUACCGGCAUUGGAAAUCUUCGCAUCUAGCCCUACUAGGGUUUAAGGUUUAGUCAUAUAUAAAACGAAUAUCCGUUCAUGUCCCGUGAGCUGCUGUUCUUGCUGCAGUGUAUGCCGAUAAUCCGAGAGCAAGAGGAAGAUAUCGCA